AACUCCUAUCUUCCGAUCAUUUUUGAUCCCGAACCCUUCUCCCAACUCCUCAUCUCACGCGGCCUUCUCCAUCCAACUCCUCGGCAAACCCCUCUCUGGCACUGCUUCUUAAGAUCAAGGACAGGGGGAUGGUGGUGAAGGAUUGGGUAGAGCAGGCGGAGAUCCUGCGGCACCGGGCGGUGGGAGGCUUCGUGAGCCACUGCGGCUGGAACUCAGUGACGGAGGCGGCACUGUAUGAAUACUGAGUCGUCGCCACUCCACCCCCAAAUCUUGAUCGUUCGUUUUAGGAUAGAAUCGUCAACCUCGCAGUCGUGAUCUAGGGUCUGAUCUCUCACUCAACUCGUUGCCCUGGUCGUCUCCUACCACCACCGUCGAGGAAAGGGGUUCUUCGAUUCCUAUGUCUGGCGCUGUGGAACCAUCGGAGUCGCAUCCUCCGUACUCUCCCUCCCACGAGGAGUACAACCCUGAGCUGCCGGUUGCUCUUCCGGAGGAUAGUGAUGGCACUCCGUACCUGAGAAUUUGAGACCUUUUGUGAAAUUUUGAGAUCUUUCUCAAGCUCCCUUCUUUGGUCUUGUUUCUUUUUCCUUGUUGUUGUCCUUUUUCUUGCCAUUAUAUUCGAGUCCCAAAUCAGCAAUAUAAAUUGAUUAAUCUAUAUGUCUCAGAAAAGUAGAUAUAAGACGACAUUGACAUGUUCAGUAUUUGAUUGAAUCUUGCUCAAGAAUGCUCUGAAGGAGAUCCUACUGGUCCCUCUCAGAUCUUUUAUUCCCUUUUAGCAACGAAGACAACAUGAUGAUUUUCUUGUCAGUGAGAAGCCAUUCUUUUUCAGAUCUCCAAAUGCCUUGAUCAAUCAAGCUGAUUCUCAACUUGGAGUGCUAGUGCAUAAUCAUCCUUGUCCAACUCAAGCAAUCUCCAGGCAAAAUCAAUACCAAACUUGCAUCGUGGUCUAAUUGCAUGCCAGAGAUGAUCUCUCUUCUUUUCCUUUUGCCGCUUUAUCUUUCCCUUUCUUUUUUACCGUCACUGCCUGCUGCAAAUUUCAGACAUUCCUGGCCAUGUUUGUGGCUCAAAGAUCCCAAAAGCCAGCUUGGACUCGUCAAUGGCCACCUCCACAUCUCAGAUGCCCUCCACGCCCCCUCUCUCUUUUCCUCAGAGCAAACGUUGAUCCUUGAGCUCGGCACAAUCCCCUCCUCCUCGAUCCUUUCGUUGCCUUGUUCCUAGGUAUGCUUUCCUUUAGAAAAGCAACAAACAAAGAUGCUCUCAUUCCCUUGCUGAACUCCUGGAAUCAAUGGGAACAACUUUGCCUGCACACUAUAUAACCAACACUAAUCUCAUAAUAGUUUUACUGGUUCCCUUUGUUUUCAUGUGAUUAUUCGCUUCUCGCACACACAGAAUCAUCCUCUGCUUAUUGCAACCUAGGAGUUUGUAUGGAGACUAUAGAGCUAAAGGUGGACAUGGUUGCAUUACAUGAGAAGAGAUUGAGGAAAUGUUUGUCCAAAGUGAAAGGCUCCUUGACAACAAGAUGCCAAAUAAUGUGGUUACUAUGUGAUGCGAUUUAUGAGACAAAUUGUUGAAGAAGUUGAAAUUAUCGAAAAAGAUUCACUACGAUCUAUAUUCACACAAGCAGAGUAUUCUCGAGAAAAAAUUGAUGAGGUGCGAUCGGAGUUGGCAGAAUGUAUACAAGAUCAUAUUUAUGAGUAGGUGCGUUCAAGUUUAUUGUUGCAAUGCUCUGAAGAAUAUUAAUGUCCAAACCAGAACAUUAGCAAUCGGCUCUGUACGUCCAAAGCAUUUGAAGGCCCUAGCACCAGUGCACAUUAAUACUAAGUUUAUCAAGCUGGAUGCUGAAAAUGCACCAUUUUUCGUGACGAAAUUGGCAAUCAAAACACUGCCCUGUGUUAUUUUAUUCAGGAAUGGCAUUGCCUUUGAUAGGAUAGUCGGCUUUCAAGAUCUUGGAAGCAAAGAUGAUUUUACUGCCAGAGCUUUAGAAAAUCUUCUUAAAAGAAAAGGUGGAUACAGGACAGUCGAGAUCAGUACACUAAGGAGCGUCUGGAUUCAGUAAUUGAUCAGUACACUAAGCGUAUGGAUUCAGUAACCACUGUACUAUUUUGAGUAAACAGAUUGUUGGCUACUUCAGUAUUCAGUAUUCAGUAAACAGAUUGUUGGCUAAACAAAUUGUAGCUGUUCAAAAUAGAUUUUUUGUGCUCUUUUGUUUUAUAUGUGAAUAUCACUAUAUACUUUGAAACAGAAUUAGUGUAAAUUUUGAUAUUUACUUGCUUUUCAUGUAAUUAAUUAUUAAUAUUAUUUUAACAUCA